GAUACUGAUCGCCCGUCUCUUGGAGGUCCUCCUACAAACACUUUGAUAUUUGUGAGGCGGCGUUGUGUGAGUCUCUACUGAGUCUCUCCUGAGUCUCUCCUGAGUCUCUCCUGAGUCUCUACUGAGUCUCUACUGAGUCUCUACUGAGUCUCUCCUGAGUCUCUCCUGAGUCUCUCCUGAGUCUCUCCUGAGUCUCUACUGAGUCUCUCCUGAGUCUCUCCUGAGUCUCUACUGAGUCUCUCCUGAGUCUCUACUGAGUCUCUCCUGAGUCUCUCCUGAGUCUCUCCUGAGUCUCUCCUGAGUCCUGGGUCCUGACCGAGCCCUGGGUGAGUCCUGAGUCUGUCGUCCAAUCGGAGGCUGGAGCCUCACUUUAGAGUCUCAUCUCAACGCCCAGAGACCGGAGCACAUGGAGACCGGGGGUCCCAGCCGGGGUCCCAGCCGGGGGCCAGGGGCCCUCUCUGCAGCGGACUUGGACUCCAGUACGGACUCGGAGGGUGAGGAGCGGGUGAGGAGGCGGGAGGAGCGGGAGGAGCGGGAGGAGGAGGAGACGCGGGCCGUGGCCUCGUCCCCCGACGGCCGCUACCUCAAGUUCUGCGUGGAGCUGGGCCGCGGCUCCUUCAAGACCGUGAGCCGCGGCCUGGACACCGUCACCACCAUGGAGGUGGCCUGGUGCGAGCUGCAGGUGGGCGUGUGUGAGUGUGUGUGUGUGUGUGUGUGUGUGUGCGUG